CUCCUCUACUCAAUUCCAACCUCAUGUGCCUCGGAUUGAACUGCACUUUUGUCUUGACUCUCGUCCAGGUUAUUAGUCAUUGACUGAUCUACCCUUAGAGAUCAAAGUUCACUUGUUGGAAGUGUAUCCCUAAGGCGAGUAGACUGUCAAGUAUCAAGUACCGACUCAUAUCCCGCAAGAAUGCAGCAAACCGAACCUCCGCACACCGAAAUUGAGGCGGAUGAUGGAAUAUCAACAGGCGAUCUUUACGAAGACUCCUCGGUGGCUUCAUUGAGAUCAAGCAUUUUGGAGCAUGAGGUUGAAAACGGCCGCACAUAUCACUCCAUGAGCUCCGGAAAAUACCAAUACCCGAAUGAUGAGAAAGAAAAUGAUCGUUUAGAUUUCCAACAUCAUAUUUGGAAACUCACCUUAGGAGGAGCACUCGCAACUGCCCCUGCUCAUAAGACCGCGAAGCGUGUCUUAGACAUGGGCACAGGUACUGGUAUCUGGGCUUGUGAAUAUGCGGACGAAUUUCCAUCUACCGAGGUUAUUGGUGUUGACCUGAGUCCUAUUCAGCCUGAAUGGACACCCCCGAAUUGCAUAUUCGAAAUCGAUGAUCUUGAGAAAGAGUGGACCUGGACCGAGCCGUUUGACUACAUUCAUUGCCGUACCAUGGAGGGCUCAUUCGCAAAUCCACCGAAGAUCAUCAAGAAGAUUUACAAAGCUCUUGAGCCCGGCGGAUGGUUCGAGGCAGGAGGUUUCGUGCUCCCUAUGGGCUGCGACGACGGCACUGUCCCCAAGGAUUCGGCUCUCGCUCGCUGGCAUGAUCUUCUCGCCGAGGCAGGUGAACGCUGCGGUCGCUCCAUCGAGAGCCCUUCCAAGUAUACGAGCGCCAUCGAAGAGGCUGGGUUUGUCGACAUCGUGAACAAGCAAUACGUAUGGCCUCUUAACUCGUGGCCCAAGGACGAGGUCCUCAAAGAGAUCGGCCAGUGGCAAUUCGUUAACCUCGACUUGGGUAUCGAAGCACUUUCUAUGGGCUUGCUGACGCGGGUAAUGGAUUGGACGAAGGAGGAAGUCUAUGCCUUCUGCGCCGAGCUCCGUAAUGAUCUCAAGAAGAAGGAGUAUCACGCCUACUGGAGGGUCCACGUUGUCUACGCUCGCAAGCCGCUGAUUGAAGAAACUCCCGAGGAAGCUCCCGAAGAGUGAUAGGGACCAAGAGGGCUAGGCCUCGAGUUCUGGCACUGCGAGACAAGACACCUGGACCAUGUUUAACCAAUUCUCCACUGGCUUCAGUAUUUGUAAACUGAGGAGAAGUGACUGUGCUACAGUCACCGUUCUAGAUCCCUGUCAGGAAAGUACUUAGUUAUAAAAGAUGACUGCAAGUCUGCGCAAAAGCAGUGAAGCCUAGGAAGACUGUCUACGCACGGCAUGGGGCACCUAAUUUCCCCCAAUGAUACUUUGAGCAUGUGGCUGUUCGCCAACUUCGGACUGCGGUUUGAGCAGCCUUCACCUUUGAACGUAGUCUGCCUAAGUUGGAUAACUACCUCCAAGGUGUGGGCCCUUUGAACGUUGCAUCCGUGGGAGCAUGGGAUAGGGUGAGAGUGAAAAAAAUACUUGCUCACACCGCACGGACCAAAGAGGACUCUACUUAGCACUGCUAGGGGCUGACGCUCCCAACCAACUAUCACUGGAUGUAAACAUCCACCAAUCCCCG